GUGUUUGUUAAGAUCUGUUGUGCUUUCAUUGAUAGUCUUAUUAGAUCAGGUUUCACUGAACAACUGCAAAUGUUUCACAUGUUUGUGUUGUUCUGUUUGUGCGCCUGCCGUCUGAUCGGUGUGUUUGCUGCCGAAACAAAUGAAAUACAGUCAGUGUCAGUGAUGGAGGGAGAUUCUGUCACUCUAAACACUAAUGUUACUGAAAUACAUGAAGACGACGACAUGCUGUGGAAAUAUGGAGCUGAAAACUCUCUGAUUGCUAAAAUCAGCAAAGAGAACCAAAUCUUCUCCACAUAUGAUGAUGUUUCUAAUGGGAGAUUCAGAGACAGACUGAAACUGGACGAUCAAACUGGAUCUCUGACCAUCACACACACCACAACUGAACAUGCUGGAGUUUAUCAACUAGAGUUAAAUGGAGAGAAACUGACAUCAAAAACAUUCGUUGUUUCUGUCUAUGCUCGUCUGCCUGUUCCUGUCAUCAGCAGAGACUCUUCAAAUUGCUCUUCAUUUUCUUCUUCAUCAUCAAAUUGUUCAUUGUUGUGUUCAGUGUUGAAUGUGAGUGAUGCGACUCUCUCCUGGUACGCAGGAAUGAGUGUAUUGUCCAGCAUCAGUGUGUGUGAUCUCAGCAUCAGUCUCUCUCUACCUCUGGAGGUGGAAUAUCAGGAUAAAAACACCUACAGCUGUGUGCUGAACAAUCCCAUCAGCAACCAGACCACACAUCUGGACAUCAACACACUCUGCCACACAUGUGCAGACUCUGUCCACUGUUGUGGUUCUACUGAAGCUGUGAUCCGAUUGGUCCUCGCUGCUCUGGUGGGCGUGGCUACUGUCAUUGUUCUACUUUAUGACAUCAGAUCCAGAAGAGCUGAACAAGAUCAAGCACAUAUUCACACAUUGGGACAGUAAAUGAUGAUGUCAUUUCUCAUUCUGAACUAUUUCAAUCAUAUAUUAAUCUUAAUUUAUUUUUAA